AUGGAUUUGGGGAGUAAGCAAAUCAAGAUACCACUUCACGAGCAUCCUUUGUUACCCGUUACUCGCUUUGCUUUUGGUCGGUGUCAAGGGUGUCUCCCAUCUACUAAUGAUUACAUUUACGGAGGCUACCGUUGCAAUGAGUUAGGUUGUGAGGCUAUGUUUCAUAAAGAGUGUGCUGAGUCCUUACCAGAGAUCAACCACUAUUCUCACCCUGACCAUCCUCUCAAGCUGAUCCUCCAAGAUUCCAAACCAUUUAGUACUUGUAGCUUCUGUAGAGACAAGUUCAAAGUCGGUUAUUGCUGUUCAGUUUGUGAUUUCCAUCUGGAUUUACGCUGUGCAUGGAGACCAUCCAUUCUUGAAAAGUCCAACGCACACGAGCAUCCGCUCGAGUUCUUACGUCAACCGCAAUUUAUCGGUGUUUCCGGUAUUCGAUCAGAUUUCUGUAAAGUAUGCGACUCUAUGAUUUUUGGCCAUCGUUAUAAAUGUCAUCAGUGCGACUUUGCCUUCCAUUUAGAAUGUGCUGAUGCUGCUCCAGAAGCUGAAGCAUACCACACGUCCCACCCUCAACACCCACUCAAGUUUCUUACAUGUAAAGCAGCACCAGAUUACGCCUACAAGAACUGCCUUCUUUGUGGGACACAGUUUGAUGAUGACCAACGGCUUCCACGACUUCGACUUCACCACUGUGAUGUUUGUAACUUCAGCCUAUGCGAAAUUUGUAUGCAAAACCCACCACCGGUUAGUGUUGUAAGCUUGACGACCCACGAACAUAAUAUUCAUCUUGUUCCAAGACGCAUAGAGUUCACUUGCAAUGCUUGUGGGACGUUAGGCAACCAAAGCCCUUACUUCUGUCUUCAAUGCAAUUUCAUGAUUCAUCGUGAGUGUAUCGAUUUACCACGUGUCAUAAACAUCAACCGUCAUGAUCACCGUGUCUCUUACACCCCUCGUCUUGGACAUGAAGAGUGGAAAUGCGGAGUUUGUCGUCAAAAAGUGGAUGGGUUCUAUGGGGCUUAUUCUUGCUCCAAGUGUCCUAGUUUUGCUGUUCAUUCAAGAUGUGCAACGAGUAAAGAUGUAUGGGACAUGGUCGAACUGGAAGGAACACCCGAAGAACCUGAAGAACCUGCGCCCUUCGAGAUCAUUGAUGAUAACACCAUAAAACAUUUCAGCCAUGAUCAUAAUUUACAGAUCAUCAACAAGGAUGAGUUGAUUCUACAUGAAAACAUAGUUUGUGCAGCAUGUAUCUUCCAGGUUUGCUCAGAACCGUCGUUCUACAGUUGCAACAAAUGCGAUUUUGUGCUCCACGAAAAAUGUGCAAACCUUCCUCGGAAGAAACGACAUGUGUGUCACAACCAACGUUUCACACUAGGCACAGUUUCUCACCUCACAUUGGUUCGGUGUGGUCUUUGUCUCCAACGGUUCACAGGUUUCGUGUAUAGAUCUAAUACUACUCGUAUGGUUCUAGAUGUAAGAUGCGGUUCGUUUUCAGAACCAUUUGUGCACAAGAGCCAUCCACAUCAUGCUUUAUACUACACCAAAGAUCCCUCCAAGUAUUGUAGUGAAUGUGGGAAGAGAGCAAGGCUUAGUUGUGGUGAGUGUAACUUUAGCUUGGACUUUGAAUGCGCUUUCUUGCCGGAAAAGGUAAUGAAUCAUAGGUACGACGACCAUCCUCUCUUCUUGUCUUGUGGUGAAAGCAAUGUGGAUGGCAAAUAUUGGUGUGAAGCAUGUGAAACAGAGGUGAAUCCGAAUAAAUGGUUUUACACUUGCAAUGAUUGUGGUGUAGUGUUGCAUAUUUCAUGCGUUGUGGGAGACAGAGAAUUCUCAUAUAUGAUGCCAGGUUCGUCAUGGCCAAUAGCAAGAUUCGUUCAUGCACAAGUGGUAUCUAACACUUCUAUUUGCAGACCGUUUUGCCGUGUGUGUAAGACUCGAUGCAAGCUCCCAUCCAUUAUCAAGAUUAACAAGAUUAAUUACACGCAUGGAGUAGACGUAUACAUCUGUUCUUUCAGAUGCCUCGUAGGAGUAUCAGACUAUUGGAUGCUUUAGUUAAAUGUCCUAUAUACGAGU